CCGAUUAUUACCGUCUCCGCCGGGAUCUUGUAACUUGUUUCUUGAUUUUUGAGGAUUAAUUAAUGCUCGUGGAACUUGCGAGACGGCAAAUCCUGAAAACAUGAAUAAUAAAAACACGAACGAAAAAAACACGAAUGAAGACGUCAUCAGCAAUCUGCCUGAAGAUAUCUUGCUUGAAUUUCUGAGACGCUUGCCGUUGCGGGAUGCAGUGAGGACUAGUGCGUUAUCCAGAGAAUGGAGGGACAAAUGGAGAUCUAUUCAAGAGCUCGUGCUCAAUUACGACGCAGGCUGUUUUAAAUUCCCGUAUCAUGACUAUCAAAUAUGCAUUUACCAAGUUGUCUUAAAUCAUCGAGGAACAAUAAUGAAGUUCUCCCUCAAGGUCCCUCCUUUUAUGCGCCACUCAACUAUCGAUCAAUUGAUUCUUCAUUUAUCAAGAAACCACCACGUACGCGACUUCACCCUCGCUCCAUACAGGAUGGUUAGAUACAGAAUGACGUCUCACUUUUUCGCAUUCCGAGAAUUAACAGUCCUUCGUCUUUCUCAAUGUACAUUAACACCACCACCACAAUUCCAAGGAUUCAAGAACCUUGUUAAAAUAGUAUUCCACGAGGUCCUAUUCUUGCCUGCAGCCUUUGAACGGUUUAUCUCCCAGUGCCCCCGUCUUGAAAGUCUGUCUUUGUCGAGCAAAAGCAACUUGGAUUCACUUGAAGUUGCGGGACCCAGUCUCCGUAUUUUCGCAUGCCAUGGUUUUGUCAAGUCGAUUCACUUCAAAAGUUGUCCAGUUCUUGCUCAAGUUACUCUGUGCACUCCCUGUUAUUGCAGAAAGCACAUGAUUCUUUCGAGUACGAAGGCGAGUUCGUAUCAACGUCUACUGCAGUUUACGAGUGCAGGACAUGCACCGAACCAAUUCCCCAGUCUGAAAGUUCUUGAUUUGUCGAUGAGUUUGAAUAGUACAAAGGAGUUUACUGAUGCUUUCUCCUUCAUACGACAUUCUCAAAACCUAGAGACUCUUAUAUUUCGUGUGAGUAAUUUACUUUACUUUUUCACUAUCAUAUCACUUGUUCGUAUCUAA